UAUCCCGGUGGAACCUGUUGCAAACCCUAAGAAAAAAACAUAUUUGACAGCGGGACAGGCCAAUGAUCAUGCAGACGUGGACUCCAGUCGGAUGCGUUCUACCAAUCAGCAGUCUGGAAUAAGUAGGACACUCGCUUCCUGGUUGUAUGUUAAGGAGGAGCUGGAUAGUUUUAUUAUAAUAAUUAUUAAAUGUUUCUGAAGUUGAAGUAGAAGAAAAAAAAAUAAAAUAAAACAAGAAGUGAUACUUUGUACCGACUUAUAGGUCGGCAUACAAAGUGUGAUCAGAAGAACUGCUUAUUUUACGGUUAUUUUAAAAAUAAUACUUGAGUGUUGGCCACCGGUGUGCCGGUGUGUCUCGAAUGGGAUUGGAACCCCUGCUGUCGACAGUCAGGUCCUGAAAUCUGGAUUAUUUCGGUUGACGGGUUCCAGGAAGUGCCUCGCCACAGGUAGCAGAGCCGGGGCUGCGCAGGUGAAAUUCUCAGGACGCCGGCGAAUAGGAGUAUCAGCAUGGGGACUUCUGAAGAUGGCCUUAUAGGAAUCCCCUUCCCUGACCACAGCAGUGAUAUUCUUUGUUGCUUGAAUGAGCAGCGACGGGCUGGGCUGCUAUGCGAUGUCACAAUCAAAACACAAGGCUUAGAAUAUCGGACUCACCGUGCUGUGCUUGCAGCAGUUAGUCAAUACUUCCGCAAAUUGUUUACUGCUGGUCACUUUACUGGAAGCUCACGCUCUGUCUGUCAACUUGACUGCGUAAAACCUGAAGCCUUGGAUGCUCUUCUAGAGUUUGCAUAUACUGCAACACUUACAAUCCGUAGCUCCGGCAUGCUUGACGUCCUGAGAGCCGCCCGCUUACUGGAGAUCCAGUGUGUUACAGAUGCUUGCCUUGACAUCCUGCGAAGCAGUGGGACAGAUACAUGUGAGAUUGCAGAAGAAGAGGAAAUUCUAUCCCUCCAUCCAGUUAAUGGAGAAGGUGAGAUACCUGGGCUUGAGCAGGAAACAAGGCUUCAAUAUCCAGAGCAUCUUCUAAAUAUGCAUAGCGAGAAUGGAAAUAUGGCUUAUGAAGAGACCACUUCAGCAAUUCACAGAGGAGUAAUAGUAGAUGGUAGCAGUCCAAGGAGGGAAAGAAAGAAGAAAAAAAAGAUCACCUUGGCCCCAAAUCCACAUUCAAUUUCCCGGGAAUACCUGAAUAACUGCCUUUACAAGAAUGAGAUAGGAGUCAUCUGUAAAAGAGAUGACCAGGCAGUUCAAGAGGAAAGAAAAGAGUAUAUCAAGGAAGUGGACAUGAGAGGUGAAGAGACCAACCUUGUAUUCAAUGAAAACAAUAAUGCGCUUCCCCACAGGAAGGCCAUACAUGAGCAGCAGGUACUUAAUGGCAUAUACAGUCAGAAAAGACGUUACCAGCAUUUUAAGGAUGAAGAAAAAUUCUCUGAUGAUGAGCAUAUUGAUGGGGAUUCUCUGGACAUGUUUUAUAACUGCCGUGAAUCAGAUUUCACUCUUGUAGAAGGAGCAGAGUUGUUGGAGUCUUCUGGAGCCACCCCUUCAGUCAGCCCUUCCCAUCUAGAUAAAGGAGUACGGAAGAGAAAGUCACAGACUCCACAGCAGUGCCCAGUUUGUCAGAAGAUAAUUCAUGGGGCAGGCAAGUUGCCACGUCACAUGAGGACUCACACUGGAGAGAAGCCAUUCCAAUGCAACACCUGUGGUGUGCGGUUUACCAGGAAUGACAAACUGAAGAUUCACAUGCGCAAGCACACAGGUGAAAAACCCUACCUGUGCACGCAUUGCCCAGCCCGUUUCCUGCAUAGCUAUGACCUCAAGAAUCACCUGUCUCUUCACAGUGGAGAUCGUCCUUUUGAGUGCUCGCUUUGCCACAAAGCCUUUGCCCGCGAUGACCACUUGCAACGUCACCUCAAGGGACAGAACUGCCUAGAAGUGCGCACUCGUCGACCACGUAAAUCAGUGGUUAGUCUUCCACAUGUCUUGGAUGAAUCUGCACCACCUUCUCUUUUACAGAGGUAUGGCAGCUCUGACAGCCCAUCUCCUGCAUACAAUAUGUGCCAUACAGGUAUGCCAAUCUUCUCCAACUUCAUGGCUGCAGAGAGGCAUCAGUGGAUGACCUCUGGAUCAGAAAAUCCAGCUGUUGGCUCACCUUCCAUCAAUGUCUGCUGGGACAGGGAAAGGCAGGACUCUUCAGAUGAUCCUUGUUGAUUGAGCCAGCUAUAUAAUGCAAAUUGUUCUGGCCCCACUAAAAAGUGGAACUCAGUCUGGUUGUGCUCUCAAGCAAGUCACCAAAGAGCAAAUCUGGCUUUCCACUGUCUCUCACAAUUUUGCAAUGAAAAAAAAAACAAAAAGCACUUAAUACUGUUAGCCUGGGAAAUCCACACAGGAAUUUGGGUAGUUGGGUGGUCUGGGGUGGGGAGAACAGGUUCUGUGGAAGAAAUCGACCCAAGAUUGUAGGGCAAUAACUGAAAUCUAACCUUUAUCAUUUUCAUGUUUUGUGUGGUGUGGUUUGUUUGUUUGUUUGUUUUUUUCCUAAAUUUGAAGAUGUUAUUAUUAAUAUUAUAAUAUAGUUCUUACUAUGGUUACUGUGGUGGGUGUGUGUUGCUCUGGGCUUGUUGGACAUGAACCGGCAAUCACUCCUGCAACUUUUUUGGGACAGAGUGAAGAAUACUUUUGAACUUUAUGCUUGAGAGUCCACAGAGAAUGUUUCAAAUGUGCUGCGAUGCCAUCAUGACUAAGGAUUGCAGAAGCACUCUUGUGACGCUGCGGCUUCCCUGGUGGGAGUACCGUCUCUGUCUCUCUUUUUUUCGAGUAUUUGCCAGGUUUUACCAAAGGGAUUUGAAGCUUUGGUGAGUUUCCUAUUGCGGUGCUUGGGGAGCUCCUUAUGGGAAUAACUUGUUUACUGUAAGCAGGCCACAGCGCACCCUCAGAUGCUGUGUGGAGGUGACACAGCUGCUCUUCCAGUGUGUGCCUGCCAUUUGCAGUCUCUUUUGACUGCUCCAGAUAAGGGCUUUUCAGCAAUAAAACAGGGUUUGCAAUAAUCACACAGCUCAAAGAGCUGACUCAUGUAUAUCCCAGUGAGGCAGCAGCCUCCUGCAGAAUAAAAUAAAAUAGAAAAGUUUGUCAAAAAAAGUGCUGGGUAACAAUUUAGAAAGGAGGAAAGAACAAGAAAGAGAGCUGGUAAUGGUGCUUUCUAGUCUUCAUCAAAGAAAGAAAGUUUUUGAUGCUGCUGUCCACAUAUUGAAUUUGGUAUACAAACACCAAGCUGAAGGGAUUUCUUCUCCUCAAUAUGCCAAUGUUUCCGCCUAUUUUGUACACCCCAUGGCAACAGAAGACUCACACAUGCUCCGUUCAGAUCCCUAAUGCACUUGAAAGUAUAAUUGUGCCUGUCAUGGCAGUUCUUUGGUCUUUGCACCAAAGUAACAAAUCAGCGAUGUGGGACUAUCUGAUGAUCUGAAAGCACAGAGCAGGCAGUCAAGUAGCACUUUUUUAUGUUUGCCUUCAGCAUUUCCAGUGCCAGAUGUUACUAGCUUUGGUGCAGCCUCCUCUAUAGCUUACCUUGCCCCAUAUUACAAGUUAUAGAGUGGGCUACCAAUGGGUGUCUUUGUGUAAGUCUAACCAAUCUUAAUUUUGCACUAAACUUUUUUGAAGUUUCCCUGAAAACCGAAUGCUUUUCAAAUUGGAGGCGCCCUUUUUACCAAGGACCUUUUACUAGUUUAGAGUAGGAGGGGUGCAUGCGUAAAACCUGUCACUAAUGAAUCCAUUUUGGGCAUGCCAUGGACUCGCCAUGGAAACAGUACUGAAUCUCAUACUUAUUGCUCAACAUAAAAAA